CCCGCCUCAUCACUAAACCUCACCAAACCUCCUUCUGUCUCGAAUCUUGCGUCAACCGUAGUAUUCGUCCAAUCUUUACUUCGUCGUCCGUAUUCAAUCACAUACUUCGCCGUUUGUUUGAAACAAGCGGCUCUAAACCUUUCGAUAAUUUCCCCUUCAGUCAAUAUGACUGAUCAGGUGGUUCAGCCCGAGGAGGGCGUGAAGAACGAGGUUCCAGAGGUCCAGAACCAGGAAGUUGUUGACACUAACGCCGAGGCUGUCGAGGAGACCAAGACCGAUACUCAGGAUGCUCCCGUAGUUGAGGAACAAGAAAAGCCCGACGCAGCUGGCGCUGAGAAAGACAGGGCUGAGGGAGAAUCAGAAACCAAGGCUGAUAAGGAUGCAUCCGCGGCUACACAGCCUAAGGAAAUGUUGAAGGUCAACAGAAAGGGUUGCGAAACCAGACAGAAGUCAGACGCUUCUGUUCUCCCCGACUCGGACAAUCCCCAGGAAAUUCGCAAACAGGUCGAGUUUUACUUUAGCGAUAGUAACUUGCCUGGCGAUAAAUUCCUGUGGGCUCAGACCGAUGGCUCCAACAAUAAGCCAGUGCCUCUGUCCGUGAUCUGCAACUUCUCGCGCAUGCGUCGUUUCAAGCCUUAUUCAGCUGUCGUCGAAGCUCUCAAAGGUAGCAAACAUCUUGUUAUAGAGGGACCCGAGGGCGAGGAAACAAUCCGCCGAAAGCAAGCCUACAAGCCGGCCGAUGAUAGGCAGUACCAGAUCGACGAGCGUAGUGCUUAUAUCAAAGGGUUCGGCGAAGAACAGUCAUCAACCCAGUUCGACAUCGAGGCUUUUCUAGCCCAAUACGGAGAGUUUAACUCCGUGCGCCUUAGAAGAGCGGAUGAUGAGACAAAAACAUUUAAGGGAUCCGUAUUUGUCGAAUGGGCCAACAAGGAAACACUGGAUAAGUUCAUGGCUCUAGAGCCUAAGCCUCUAUGGAAAGAGCACACCCUGGAUAUCAAGACGAAGCUUGAGUAUAAGGCACUCAAGGCACAAGAGAUCCGCGAUGGCAAGAUUCCCAUGAAGGGCUCUAACCACUUUGGACGUCCUCAGCGUGGUCACCGUGGUGGUGGCCGAGGUCGAGGAUCUCAUGGAAACAAUCGAGGUUCUGACGCUAAUGACUGGAAGAAGCGGCGUGACGAGGAUCAGCGAAACGGCUUCAAGGACCGUCGCGACCGCCGUGAUCAUCGCGGCCGAGGCCGUGGUCGUGGUAACAAUCGUGGACGGGGUAGAGACCGUGGUGACGAUAACGGUCGUGCAAAGGAACAAGAACGUCCCGCCCCGCGCGACGAUGGCAGACCCAAGAUCAACACGAGCAAGGAGAGCGAAAAGAUGAUGAAGGAUGAGAAUGCCAAGCGCAACUCGGAAGCUCAGGCAAACGGAAAGCGUGCUAGGGAUGAGGAUCACACAGAUACACCCCCCGCAAAGAAGGUCGACACUAAGGAGGCUGUUGCUAACGCCGCAUGAGCAAGCCAAAGAAAAGUUAUGGACUCGUCACAUACAAACGACAUGCCCCCUUCUAUGCGUCUUUAUUUCACAUUGAUUCCCAUAAUUUUCAUAGCUCCUCCUGUAUGCUAUUGCGCUCAAGGCACUCAAGCUUUGCAUUUCAAGGUCGGACCUGGUAAUGGAAUUAUUGGUAGGGUUCGGAAGAGGCGUUCACGGGUUCUUUAGAUACCUUUAGGUACUUGCUAGGCAUGAGAAAUUUGCGUCU